AAUUUUUUUGAAUGUGUGAUUAGCUAUACAAUAUAGUGAAGUUUACAGGUUCCCCAACAUUUUUUUUAUCUUGAAACCAAUCGACAUGCUUAAAAAAUUUUUGUCGUAUGACAGAUGUAAAGGUCCAGACACAAUAAACACAAAUAAGGAAUAUAAAAAAGUAGGAACAAAAAAGUUACUUUCGUCCAAUGAAAGAACAUCUUGCUAUUCUUUGAUCGCGUAUUGAAGCGUAUUUCUAUAUGUCAGAAUUUAAUUUUUUCCAUUCCUAAUUUUUUAUGUAUAAUUUUUUAUUCCUUUCUUUGUGUCUGGACCUUUAUACGCGCACAUAUAUACAGAUUACGCAUUAACACACACAUACACGGUAGCCACGUGAAGUUGUGUAUUUGUGGUGCAACGGCGGCAGACAGGUGGAGGCACCAGACCGCGCUAGACGCCAGUUGAAAAAUGGCGGACUGCGAGAAGGAGGAGGCACACAAUCUCCAAAUGGAGUUCGAGUGGGUGCUCCACGAGGAGGUGCACUCAUCGUUGUCGCAGCUCCGAAACAUCUUGAUGGAAUGUGCUCAACGCUUCCCACUGGCUCUCUUCGGCAAUGACCAACAUAAUAAAACCGACAGAUUUGUCUUUGCCGCCCCACACGAUCAAGUAAAAUGUGUUGUCGUUCUGACAGGCGACAGUAUCACAAAUGCGGAAGUGAAUUUUAAGGUACAGCGACAACAGAAUGUCAAUAUGAGGACAAGUAUUCAAAGUGAACAUCCAUGGAAAUUGCAACAAAUUCAAGAUGCUGCUAACCACUUGCAACAAGGCAUUGCUCAUAUAGAUAAUGUAGAUAGACAUUAUCUUUUUAAAACAUCAGACGAAGUUAUGCAUGUGCUAGGCAAUAUCCUGGGUUGCCUUCAGAGAAGCAGAACUAGCUUAAUUGUUCCUAGGAAGAAGACGAUUGAUGAUCUUAUUAAGAGUCGAAAUAUGAAAUCUUUGAAUCCAAACCUUCCAGAAAAUUUAGCCAUUAGCUUUUACAUUCAAAGCUAUAAAUUGGUUUUAGCUAUUUAUCAAUUAGAAAACGCUCACGGCAGUGUCAAGUAUGAAACCCAGCAAGCGGAGUGCAGCGUGCCGUGGUUAAAUGAUGCUCUUGUCUUGCUUACUAUCGCUUUACAACUUUGUCAACGAUUGAAAGAUAAGAUAUGCGUAUUUUCUCAAUAUAAAGAUUUUACGGUAGGUUCUCGUGUUCCUUCCGCAAUGGGCUGGUAACCCUAACACCCUAACAAAAUUCAAAUACAAAUGAAUAGCAUACGAUGGUAUAUGCAAGUGAGAAAGAGAUUUGGCCUCAACUGACACGUUUUGCUCUGGCCUUCGUUUUUACAUAUGUUAAUUGUUGUCCUUUUAUCGUAUUUCUCAUUACACUAGAAUGUUCUAAACGUUUCUAAACAUGAUUAUAGUGUGCGCCUACUAUAGUAAUAUGUGGUGUAUCUUAAACCAAGACAAAGAUUCACGUGAAGUGGAUCACCAACAGAUAAUAACAAAUCGAUAUAUUAUUAUAGGCCGGAAAUGGAAGACUUCGAGAACAUUUUGCCAAUUAUUGGUGUGCCUAUCACCAUAUUAUAUUGUGUUCUUCCCAUUUCUGUAGUAGUUUUUUCAAGAUCGUGUAGGUCCAAUUUCGGCAUAUAACAUCAAAGAAUUUAUCAUUUUAUCUACAAGUUGAUAGAAUGAUAUUUAAUACAUCUACUGUGAUUUAGAAAUCUACGCUGUAAUCCUCUCCUUACUGGAUUCGAACAUAUUUUCAUAUAUUAUUAGAUAUCACAUUUAUAUUUUUUUCAUUAUAUUUUUUGUUAUAGGUGAUUGUGCACAUCUAUGCAAUACAUUAUAUGCAUGGUAUAACAUAAUUUUCAAUUUAACGGAAUUAUUAAAUUAUUCAAAAAAUAAUAUCAUUAUUUUAUUAAUAUCAUUUAUUUUUUCUGUGUCAUGGGAACAUAAAAAUAAGGAUAAUAAAUCAGAAUACAUCGAAAUUAGAAAUUUGAGAAAAUAAUAUUUGUUGAACAGUCCAGUAUUUGUAAAUUAUCUUUUUCUCUAAACUUCUUAAAAAUAUUGGAAUACAAAAAAAUAUUAAAUGCAUCUCGGUAUCUUUUUGCUAAUAAAAAUAUGUGCUUAAUGAUGAUUAUUAUAUACAGUUAUGGAAAAUGUUAUUUUAUUUAUCAAGUAUUAUUUAAAGAUAAUAAGUAGACAAAUACCAUGUGCCUCAUGAUUCCGAAUUUGGAUGAAAUACCAACAAUUUACAUGAUGGUACAAUUUUUGUAAUCGGUAUUUUGAUUACUAAAAUUGCUACGGGAAUACAAAUAAUAUAUAUGCAUGUGUGUACACAUUUGAGAAAGAGAAUAUUGCCAAAGAAAAUGUUGCUCUAGGUUAACAGUAGGGAAAGGAUUAAGGUUUAUAAUUAAAAGAAGUGCUUAAAUAUAAUAAGUAGUUAGUAAUUCCUUUAGUAAAUUAAUGAUGUAUAGGAAGUAAUAAAUCUUCAUAUGCAUUUUUUGA